AUGAUGUCCUCAUUGCACCAUGAUGAUGAAAUAGAUCCAGAAAGCGGGACCCAAAGAAAACCAUCUAUUAUAACGUUUUACAACUCGACAAAAAGUGGAGUUGAUGUAGUUGACAAGCUUUCAAGAACAUACGAUGUUUCCCGCAACAGUAAACGCUGGCCACUUACGCUGUUUUUCUCCUUGCUGAAUCAUGCAAAUAUAAAUUCUUUUAUAGUACAUAUGUUCAACAACGAAUCAUCUAAGAAAAAGAAAAGACAAUCCUCAUGUUCCUCGAGAAAACGUGUGCACCAAAUUUUGGAUGAAGAGGUUCCAGGUCCGCCACAAAAGCAACCAAGGAAGUCGCAAAGGUGUUCUUUUUGUCCAAGAAAUAAAGAUAGGAAGACGUUGAACGGUUGUUUCAAAUGCAAUGUUGCAAUAUGUAAGGAACACGCAAAUCUGAUGUGCCAAAAAUGUACUGAUUUAGAUAACGGAUGA